UAGUAGUACUACUACUACUAGCACCUAGCUGGAGCCGCCUCCGACGAAGCAAGCUGACAAACCUCUCAUACAAAGCAGAAUGGCUGCCGACAAGGUGCUUCUAUCGUCUGGAGGACGAGCUAUCUUAGAGAGGGUGUCGUCUGGGCAGCAUGCUUCCUGCAGCUCCGAAGCCCGCAUGUCCCGCUUUCCUCUGGCAGAGUACACAUGUUGCUUGAGAGUUUUUCAAAAGAAGGUCGCAGGACCGGCGUCAAAACACAGUCAGGGUAUUCCUUGUGGCAGCAGAGAGUCUUCAUUUAUUGCGAAUGGUGAUUUCUGUAGCAUUUUUCCAUCGGGAGGAGAAAGAGGAAGGCCCAGUGUUCAAUUUCCGCAGCGGAAGGGUAAUGCCACCACCACUAAAGCUGGAUACUUUGGCGAGUUUGUGGACGACAAUGAGAAGCAGCGGAAGAUCCAGGCAAAGCGGCGGUUCCUAGUCCAAAGUAGCGACCAUAUAGAUGGGGAGAGUCCUCUUCAGGAGCUGGUUUCUGAAGCCAGACACCAGUGCAAUCAAGCAGUGGUUUUGCCAGUAAAGCGCAGAAUAGAAAGGCUGGGGAAUUGGUGGAACAGCACGCUUCUGGGGCGGCUGGGCAGAGUGUACAAUGAGCGGCGCGCUCUGUCUGUGAAACUCUACAGGAGGUGGCCUGUUCUUCUCCUGUUCGUAAUCUUCCAGGGCAGCAUGAUUGGCACCGAGCUGAUCUUUAAAUACUUCAAAGUGGGGGGCCUUCUAAGGCCACUAGCAGUGCUAGCGGUUUCUUUCUUUACUGGUCCCCCUUUUAUUGAAGCCUUCUUACCGGGGAUCAUAAAGAAGAGGGACUAUGACCCGCCCAAUCCAAAAGAAGAUGCAGUUUUUGAUGAUGAGCCAGUGCCAAAGUGGAGGCCGCCGGAAGAAGUAGCGGCGGAGGAGUUUUUGCGCCCUAUAGAGGAAAGCUAAGACGAGUCUAAUGGACCUUUUCAAAGCAAUCAGUGAAUUCAUCAUUGAAACGACUCAGAAUGAUGUAUCUGGCACAUAUAACACUGUUCUGCAACCUGCCCAAUAACUUGGUAAUCAUUUUGAACGCACUGUGCCCCAAUGGAAGAUUGAGAGAUGCUCAAAUCCAUCAACAGGCGUUCCAGGACAUGGAGUCUGGUUCGAAUAUGUACCAUCUUUCUCCAAGUCCAGAAAGAGCCAGUGGAAGGAGAUUGCUUCGUAUCGAAGAUAUAAAAAUGGAGCUGAAAUGCGAGCUUUAUCAUCCAAGCGAGCUUAUCUG